GAUUUAGGGCAUACACCUGAAGGGAUCAAACGGCAACACAACUAAGAAUAAUCCAGCAUCUGAUAACGUGUCGAUGGUAUGCAGGAUGAAAACAUAUUCGGCAACAAGAUCAGGAUAUUUAAAAGUGCACGUUGGUGGAGUAAUGAAACAAUUGUCUGGGACAGUAACCUCCACAAGGACUUCAUCUCAUGUUUUCUUCACUCUUGUCCGGCCCCACUCCAACAGCAUCUUAGGCCCCGAGUGCAAUCACCAGCCGUCCAUCAACAGUUUCUGGACUAAACACACUAUGGACUUCAGGUUCAAAGAGAUUGACGGCAAGGCAAUGUCCGUGAUGGGCUUUGAAGGAAAUGAUCUCGAGGGAGAGUCGCUGUACCAUUACAUACAUCCCGAUGACCUCCACACGUGUGCCAACUUCCAUACGACAAUGGUGAAAACUAAUGAAAUAAAAACUGCAUAUUUCCGAAUGCUGGCGAGGAGUGGUAACUGGUACUGGCUUCACGUUCGAGGAAAAGUGGUCUUUAAGAACUCGAAACAACAUUCCCUAGUUCUGUCACACAGUUUAAUGAGAGCCGAAGACAGCGCAUAUAUUCAACAAGAAGUAAUCUUAAGAAAUGGCACUAGGCACCUUGGAAUGCUAUCUGGCCAAAAUAAUGAUGGGAUCACAAACGAUAAUCUACGUAUACAGGAGAAGUGCGCUGGUUCGGAUACACCCAGCGAAAAUCAAGAUGGGAAACCUUCAAAAUAUAAACUAAAACACCAUCCAUACAGGGGCUUGAAAGAGGAUUACGCUGCGACACUGCACAGUCCUCACGGGGAAUGUCCUUCAAGUUGGCAUCGCAGCGUGUCCUACAGCGGACGAAAAGUGAAAAAAGAUUCCCAUGAGAGAACCUAUCACAACCCUGCUUUCUUCAGAUACAAGCAUCCGCACCAUACAAUAUCUUCUACAAAUGACCAGUUAUGCAUUCGUUCCAAUGAGAAUAUCAGUGCCUUUAAUAAAAUACAG